AUGCCUCCCAAACGAGGUCAGAAGCGCAAAGCUUCGGCGGCCUCGAAUGGGCCCUCCGUCAAUGGCCAUCCGCCUCUCGCGCCCCCAGACCGCGAUACCUGGCCAGGAUGGGUCGAGAUGGAGAGUGAACCCGCAUUCUUCAAUAUCAUGCUGAAGGAAAUGGGCGUUCGAGGAGUGCAGGUGCAAGAUGUUCUUGAUUUGCAAAUGCUGCCAGCCAUGCCUCAACCAAUCCACGCUCUGAUAUUCCUUUUUCGCUACAAGCCUCAAGAUGAAGCAGAUAAUUACACAGGUUCCGAGCAGCAACAUAUUUGGUUUGCCAACCAAGUGCCCAGCUUCGCAUGUGCUUCCGUUGCCCUUCUGAAUAUCGUCAACAACAUUCCCGGCCUAACCAUGGGACCUGAGCUGCGCAACUUCAAAGAAUUUACCAAGGAUAUGGAUCCAUUGACCCGCGGAGAUGCCAUCGACACUUUCGACUUUGUCAGACGAAUACACAAUUCAUUUGCACGUGAGAGCGAUUUGCUGAACGCCGACCUGCAUCUCAAGAACAAAUUUGAUCACUUUAAGAAGAGGGAAGCAGCUGCCAAAGCACGCACGCCGAAGCCUAGAGAUACCAACGUUUACAAAUCUGAAGCAGAAGAACCUGAAGAAGGCUUCCACUUCAUCGCAUACAUGCCCAUUGGCGACCAUGUUUGGAAGCUGGACGGCUUGGACUACUAUCCACACGACAUGGGUUCUUUCGGCGUCGGAGGUAACGGAUCCGAUGGAGGUACGGGCGACUGGUUACACGUUGUCGCACCGACGAUCGAAAAUCGCAUGGCACAAUAUGCGGGGGCCGACAUCGAGUUCAACAUCAUGGCUGUGGUGCACGACCCUGUUGCAACUGCCAAAAAUGAUCUGCUAAAGAACAUAAAAAAUCUACAACUCAUUGACAAGAGACUGGACGUGGUGUUCGAGGAUUGGAGAUCACUGGAUGGAGCAGAAACGAAGAAAGAUACCAUUACCGGCAUCUCUCUUGAGUUCGAAAUUAUUCAGCCGCAUGUCGAUGCCGUUGAUCUGUCUCCUGAAGAGGAGAAGAAAAUUUCCGGAGAGUACGACUUCAUGGAGCUGAUCAAAAUGCGCCAAUCGGUCAUCGCGAAUCAAGCGGAGCUGCGAGGUGCACUGCGGAUGUCAGAUGCGUUUGGCAAUGACGAGGAAAAAGCGCGGCACAGGAGGCAUGAUUAUGGAAGAUUUGUGAAGGGCUGGCUGGGCGCUCUCGCCGAUGCGACGCUGCUCGGUGAUCUUGUCGACGGAUGA